GCUGAAUGGAAAUUUGAAGCAAAAAAGAUUAAGGGAGAAGCCCCUUUGGGUCCCGUUGCUUUCUCUUCCUGGGACUUCACAGGACAGAGGGAGUACCACGCAACUCAUCAUUAUUUCUUAACUCGACGAACCUUAUACGUCGUAGUGUGGCGAGUUACUGAUGGGGAAGUAGCACUACACGAUGUUCAGCGCUGGCUUAUAAACAUUCAGGCGCGAGCACCAAAUUCGUGUGUGAUUCUGGUAGGAACACACGUUGAUCAAGUCUCUUCAAACCCCUCGAAAUUUCCUAAAGGUUUCUUAGAUGAAGUUGAGAAUAAGGUACGAUCCCGAUUCAUGGUGAAUGACGGAGAUAAACAUGGUUUACCAAGAAUACUCGAUUUGCUUUUUAUUACCAGUAAAUCAAGAAGUGAUGUGAAGCUCGGCCUGGGAGGUAAGAAUCGGCAAAGAGCGGGCACUCGAUCAACAAAUACCUUCUUCAUAUAUAGCGAUGCUCAAGAUCGUGCGUGA